UCAGGAAGAAAAAAGACUGAAUUGGCUCCACAUAUUAGACAAAUGAUGUAUGGAUUUGGUGAUGUGAGGAAUCCUCUCCCAGAGACAGUGACACUCAUGGAAGAAUUAGUGCGCGAAUAUGUUCAUGAAAUUGUUUCGGAAGCUCUUAAAAUCUCAAAGAAGGGUAGAUUAAAUCCAGAAGAUUUAGUCUUCCUGAUUAGACACGAUUCUAAGAAAUAUCUCAGAGUGGACGAAUUAUUGAGAAAAUAUCAAGAAAUUAAGAAAGCUAGG